AUGGCGGCGGGCGUCAUCAGAAACUUCCUCGUGCAGACCCCGACUCCAGCCUACUUUCCGCUUAUUUUCCAGCACUCUUCAUGCAAGGAAGAUGUAGAGGAGAUGCUGGAGGAAAAGCCGGAGCUGAGGGAAGAUGACGAAGACAGAGAAGAAGAGGAGGAGGAGGAUGAUGAAGAAUCUGAAGCUCAGGAGGAAGAGGAGGAAUGUUUAGAGCUUUUCUUAAAACCCGCCCACUAUGCUUUGGACGUGACCAAGCAGCUGCUGAGGUUUGCAGAUCUCAUCAGCCGUGACAUUCAGCGGUAUUUUGGUCGCUGCUCUGGUGAUCAAGACACUUGUGACAUCUACAGCGACCCAGUCUCCGUCACAACAGGCGGGCGGCUGCGUUAUUAUGACGACCUGCUGAAAAUUGCAAGAGCAGGAAGUCCAGAGGAGCAAGAAAACAGCUUUGGGACUUGUGCUGAUGAUAAAGGAGUAGGAUUUGCUAAGGGUAACAGCGGUUUGGGGCCCCUGGCCGAACUGUUCAACCACAGGGGCCCAAGUCAGGGCCGCAGCCGCCCGAUGAUCAAGCGGCAUCUCCCGCUCAGUUUCUGGACUGAACCAAUCCCCUGCUGCUCUCUGUGGUUUACCUUCUCACCUUGCUGCCCUGAUGUGCAAGUGUACUCCAGGACACCGUGA